AUGGCCUCAGCUGAGCUGGACUACACCAUCGAGAUCCCGGAUAAGCCAUGCCGGAGCCGGGAGAGCAGUCCAGAGGGAGGGAGGAAGGAGGCGGGGACUCGACAGCCUGUGGUGAUUCUCUUGGGCUGGGGUGGCUGCACGGACAAGAACCUUGCCAAGUACAGCGCCAUAUACCAUAAGAGGGGCUGCAUCGUGAUCCGAUACACAGCCCCAUGGCACAUGGUCUUCUUCUCCGAGUCCCUGGGCAUCCCUUCACUUCGUGUUUUGGCCCAGAAGCUGCUUGAGCUACUCUUUGAUUACGAGAUUGAAAAGGAGCCUCUGCUCUUCCAUGUCUUCAGCAAUGCCGGGGUCAUGCUGUACCGCUACAUGCUGGAGCUCCUGCUUACCCAUCGACGCUUCUGCCACCUGCGUGUGGUGGGCACCAUCUUCGACAGUGGUCCUGGUGAUAGCAACUUGGUGGGGGCUCUGCGGGCCCUGGCGGCCAUCCUGGAGCAUCGGCCUGCCGUGCUGCGCCUGCUGCUCCUAGCGGCCUUCGCCCUGGUGGCAGUCCUGUUCCACAUCUUGCUCGCUCCACUCACUGCCCUUUUCCACACCCACUUCUAUGACAGGCUCCAGGACUCAGCCUCUCGCUGGCCUGAGCUCUAUCUCUACUCAAGGGCUGAUGAGGUGGUCCUGGCCAGGGACGUGGAACGCAUGGUGGAGGCCCGCCAGGCACACCAGGUCCUGGUGCGCUCUGUGGACUUUGUGUCAUCUGCACAUGUCAGCCAUCUUCGUGACUAUCCGACAUACUACACAAGUCUCUGUGUCAACUUCAUGCGCAGCUGCAUGCACUGCUGAGGUCGCCCACACCUCCCCUCUACUCCAGAAAUAAAUGCCUGA